AAGAGGAUGAAGAGAAAAAGGCCAAUCCUGCUCGGAAGAAGAAGAAGAAGAAGAAGGCCAGCGGGGAAGAAGACGGUGCUGGCUCUGGGAAGAAGGUCAAGGUGGAGGAGGUACUGGAGGAAGAAGACAAGCUGCCAAACGAGCUAGCUGUGGAAACACUGGAUACUGAGCUGCCGAAGGAGCCAGCUGUGGAAACACUGAAUACUGAUGCUGUGGCGAGAGAGAACAACUCAAACUCAGGCAAUGGCGUUGACGGCGAGCCUCACGUUGCUCCGGGAUUACAUGUAUGGCUUACACAUAUCAUGUCGAGGCCAGAAUCAGAUUUCAAGAAUAGGUUGAUGCACGUUCUUGGCAAACCAUUUAGCCAGGAAGAAUAUGAUAAGCUGGUUGGCUGGGCUACUAUUCGCACUCCGACAAUGAAGGAACGGUGGACACUCCAAGGUGUGAAGUUCUACCUCUCUGCUCAUGAAGUGAACAAAUCAUAUUUUGAUCGUUACCCAGAUCUCGAGGAACAAGUAAAAAGCACCAGCUAUCCCAAUCAAUUAGCUCUGUUACGUGGUUUUUCCUUCUGGUUGAAGAAUUUAUCUCAUGAAGACCAAUUCAGGCCAUGGAGGGAUGAUUUCCUGCAGUACAACGUUGUUCCUAUCGAAUGAUGUCUCAGUAGUCAUGUCUCUAGGAAAAAAAAAGGCUGAAUUGUUUAUGGACGGGACUAUAUCCUUAGUUUCUUCACCUUCUCUUCGAAUAGAUGGUUUAGGGGAGACAAAGUGGUGUCGUUAGAGAAUAUUAUUGUACUGUAUCUGUGCAAUCUUAAUUCUGGAAUGCUCUUUCCCAUGGAAGAACUGUCGUGUAGACAUUGCUCA